AUGGCUACAGAAGCAUCUGCUGCCGUCGCCGCGCUUAGCGAUCCUACCGGUAAGCGACCGCCGCCUUCUGCCGUCAAGCCCCAACGCGAGAGCAGCAAUUCGAGAUCCAUCGCCACCUUCUUCAAUCUCAAUGCGAACAACGCCGAAGAUCAGAGGAUGGCCAACCACUUGAUCAGCGCGUUCGAUAGAGCUGAGUUUCAACGAAGGAUUGUAAGAUGGCUCAUCAGCGCCAAUCUUCCUUUCCGCACAGCUGAACACCCUUAUCUUCGCGAUGUCUUCUCCUACCUCAACCCCUCUGUCGACAUUCAAAAAGCCAACCUCUCCGAGAAGACUGUUCACGCCCUCGCUGUACGAGAGGUUGAGCGGCAUAAGGAUGCGGUGGUUAAGACGCUCCAGGAGAGCCCCGGGCUGGUUCAUCUAGUCUUCGAUGGAUGGACUUCACGCAACCGCCUCUCUCUCUACGGCGUGAGCGCAGUCUUCCGAGACCCGAAGAAGGGCACGCCUCACAAGAUUGUGCUCGGUCUGCCAGAGAUGAGUGACCGGCAUACGGGUGAGAACAUCGCGGAGGCCAUCCUCGAUGUUAUUAGAAACUAUGGUAUUGAAAAGAAGAUUGGCUACUUCACUGUCGACAACGCUACAAAUAACGACGCCGCGUUGAAAAUAAUCGGUGAGAAGCUCGGCUUCCAGUGGAAAGAGAGGAGAGUUCGAUGCUUCGGCCACAUCAUCAACCUACAUGAGCAAUGGAGGAGGAAAGGCCCCAUUGGAGGUCAACAGGUCAGACCUCUGGACCAAGAAGCUCAUCUCGGCGCAAGAGCAACGGAUCCGAGAAGCCUCCGGAAGCCUUUCUACGAGACCUUCCUCUUUGAGGCGAAGCUUCACGUUGACUCGCAGUUCCGGACGACAGCAGGCACUCUAAAGAAAGGCGCGAAGGAGCCGCUCUUCUUAAAUGAGGAGAACAAGUUGACCGCGAACGACUGGGAGGUCAUCUCUGUGUUGAAAGAGAUCCUUCUCGACUUUGAGCUCGUUGUGAAAGCUCUUCAGGGCGACGGUCAACCUCGUGAGAAGAAGCGCAGCUCCUGCGAUGAGCCGAUCAGUCUAGUACAGGGAGCAAGCUGGGAUCUUCUCGAUGGGUACGAGUUCCUCCUUGAGUCUCUCGAGAGAGCGAAGGCGAGAGUUGAAGACCUCGUUGACGGCGAACACGUCGCUAUUAACGUCAACAACGCAUGGAUGAAGCUCGACAAAUACUACGAGGAAGAUCGGCCAGUCUCCUCUCAUCUACGCUGCCAACCGCAUUGCACCCUCGGCACCGAUGGGGUAGGUUCGAGGCGUGGCGUGAGCAUCACGCUGACUGGAUCGAGCCAGCGAAGUUACAAGUCCGAGAACUCUGGAGGCAACAAUACCGAGACCUACCAGUCGAGCAGAAAGAGGCUUCAGAACCCACCCACGAAAAUCCCCCGCCUCUCGAGCAACAGGUUCGCAAUCUUCAGAACCCAGGAGCGAACUCCAACAAACUCAGCACCCACCUCUCCUUCACCCUUUCCAUCGCCAGCGCUGGUCGAACUUGACGAGUUUGAGCGUUGGCAACUAGAUAAUAGCGACUUUGAUCGGUACGAGGAGGAUCCCGCGUGCCUACUGGCACAAGAGAAGGAACACCUACCCACGGCUUGCGCGCAUGGCGUUGGAUCUACACACGGUGCUUCCUAUGAGCGCCGAAGUUGA